AUGAACUUUGGGUCGAAUGAUCACUAUCUUGAAUGCAUUAAAUCUGCUUAUGAUUUUGCUAGUGGUGAAUUACUAAAUCUCAUGAAAGACAAGGGUGAUUUUUUGGUUCAUUUUAUGGAUAUUGCACGUGAUGAACUUGAUAAAACACCAAAUGAGAUCUCUGUUGAGAAGCUUCAGUCUCUGUUGGACCUUGCACUGCGUUCAACAGCAGCUGCAGCAGAUCCUUUGCAUGAAGAUGUCACAUGUUCUGUGGACAUAGGUUCUUUGUUAAAGAGACUGAGCAUUCUGAAAGAUCUUCAAACAGGUGGUGGUGGUGGUGGUGAGACAGUUGAUGUUGUAGAAGAAGAGUACUUGAUCACCGGCAUGGAAACCUUCUCUGUUAAUUACAAGGUUCAAUGGCCAUUAUCUCUUGUGAUAUCAAGAAAAGCUCUGACAAAAUAUCAAUUAAUUUUUCAAUUUCUGUUUCAUUGCAAACAUGUUCACAGACAGCUUUGUGCAGCCUGGCAACUACAUCAAGGUGCACGUGCACGUGAUAUGCAUGGAACUGCAAUCUCUACAUCAUCAAUACUAUGCAAGAAUAUGCUUAAAUUUAUAAAUAGUCUUCUACAUUAUCUAACUUUUGAGGUAAUUCAAUAUCAUGACUUUUUCAUGGAGAAGUGUCUCAAGGAAUGUUCACUUCUUUCACCAAUCCUCCUCAAGAAAUUUGAGAAACUGAAACUUGUAUGCCUUCAGUAUGCUUCUGCAACUCGGUGGCUAAUGAGCUCCAUUGAAGCUCCUGAUUCAAACAGUUCCUUUGAUGAUUUGCAUUCAUCUUCCUUGGAAAAUCUAAAGGUUUUGAAGCUAAGAAAGUCUUCCAAAAAACCAAAUUCACCCACAGAUGAGUCUACAGUCAUCGAAUGUGUCCUGGAUGGAGUGAUUUUUGACAGGAAAUUUGAGAGGGAGUUCAGUAGUGAGCCGGAGAGUUUAAGACCAAUAUUGAGCAGCAGGGCACAAGCAGAACCAUAUUUGACUCAUCUUGCACAGUUGAUUCUUGGUGUUGGUAUGGAUCACCACAUGUAG